AUGGUUGAUAGACAGGCUACAAGCAGUGCACAUCCACCACUAGGUCUACAAUGGCGAUCCAAUACCUUCUUCAUCGUCCUGACAGUGGGUAUGGGAGCAUUCGUUGACUUCUUCCUAUACGCCCUCCUUGUGCCCGUCCUGCCAUUCAUGUUGAAGGACCGGGUUGGUGUACCUGACGACCACAUACAAACCACCAUCUCGAAUUUGCUGGCAAUCUACGCGGCGGCGUCUGUCAUAAUGUCACCAAUAGCAGGCUUCCUUGCCGACAAGUUUUCUUCCAGCCGCCAAUUGCCAUUUGUAUGUGGCUUGAUUCUGUUGCUACUUGCAACGGUUCUACUAGCUGUAGGGCAGAGUAUUGCGGUCCUUGCAAUUGCGAGAUUUCUGCAAGGCGCUUCAGGAGGGGUGGUAUGGACUAUUGGCAUGGCUAUCAGUAUGUUUUCCUCACAAAUUGGUAAUAUAUGCUUAUACUAA